ACCCCGGAACCGCGCCGUUCCACCCGCCUCUCGUUGGCCCGCGGCCAUGCCUCCGGGGGUCGGGUCGUCCCGGAUACACCUACCUCGCCCGUCCACCACCCCACACACAUCCUGGAAACGCCCGACUCUCAGCCCGGUCCGGGUCGGCCCACUGGGCUUGAUGUACCCAGGCCGCGCCGCAUCCAGCAUCCCGUCUUUGCCCAGGCUAGUCCCCACCGCGGUUCGGCCGCCCGGCCCCGGUCCUAUGUGGCCGCCACGCAAGAGGCCACCGCCCAGGCCAAGGUGGACCAGUGGCUCCAAUCCCAAGCCAGCCCGUCCCCCGGGCCCGCCUCCGGCUUGUCACCGACUUUGCGCACUUGUCGCUUGGACAGUCCGAUGCAUUUGACCCCGGCCAAUAUCAACGCGCGUUUGGACCUCGAAACCGAAGUGACUUUCCGGCCCCAUGCGGGCAUCAGUGUGACCGACUUGAGCACGGAUUCGGCCCAGGCGUUGAUCGCCCAGUGGGAAGACCGUGGGGCCGGGCCCGAGCGGCCAACUCCGGGCGUGGCCUCCACCCAGAUCUUGGCAUCGGUGGUGGCUUGCGUUCAAGUCCGAUCCCGACACGAGAAUCGGUCAAAGUUCGUGGAAGAGGAAUUGGCGCGAUUGGGCGCGCUCAUCACCGGCAAUCUGACCAAGAAGACCACGCAUCUCAUUUUCAAGGACGGCAGUUUGUCCACGUAUAACAAGGCCAAACGGCAAGGCUGCUUUAUCGUGUCAGUCCGGUGGGUUUUGACCAGUCGUGAUUUGGGAUACCGGGCCGAUGAAAGCCAGUUUCCUAGUGUGUCGUGUUCCCAGUAUGAUUCGCCCGGGUUGUUCCCCAAACUGCGCAAACUCAAGUCCAUGCAGCCCAAAAGUGACGAUGAAAUGCGGCAAUGGAUCGAGGCCCGCUCGCGUCGACGGGCCAAAGGUCGCGAACCCUCCUUCAUAGGUCCGCCCGAGGCGUCGCCGCUUUUCCGACCCGGGCCUCCACUCCAGUGGGUGCCGCCCAUUGAGCGGAGUCAAGAUAAAGAUGACAUUUUAAAUAUUUUGGACGAACUUCGCUCGCCCAUGCUUUGGACCUCGCCUAAGCCAGCCACGCCCCGCGCGGCAGGUACGCCCUUGGGCAGUCCAUGUUCCAGCGAAGACUUUGAUACGCCUUUAGCUCGUCGAUUAGUUAAGAAAUACUUCCGCACGCCCGUGCCUGACCCUCCGGGCACCCCAUUGAGUCGAUCGAAUUCGAAUGGCGCGAGCACGCCCGGCCUCCGAUCCCCUUUGACCCGCCCCAACGGCACGGAACCCGAACCUCAGAAUGACCCGGGACAUUCAAGUCCGGAACCCGAAUCCGCAUCGGAACCGGCUAGUUCACCGUUCUUCGCCAAAGCUAAGGGCCUGUCGAGUUCGUGUGAUAGAAAUAUUGAUCCGCCCAGACGGAAUUUAGCGGCAGAUGGUUGGCUGGCCGAGGAAAAGAUGGGUAAACAAUGUCGAGAAGCCAGUCUUUGGCAGAACCGUGAAGAGAAGAAGGCUCUUAUAACACCCAACAAACCAAUCCAACCCGUCAUUAAAAAAAAUCUCAAGUUCAAAAAACGCCACCAGUUGUUCUCCCAAAAUGAUUUACUCUCGGAAACUCCAGAUUUAGUCCAAACGGACGUGCUCAAACCCAUCGUUGAAAAUGUUCAUACUCAAGUAGCUGUCAAAACCGUACCCAAAACCAAGUCCAAGACCAAAAUCAUCAAGGAUCGUAGCCGCAUUGUCAUGGCUCAACCCCCUCGGAGAACUCAAAUCAAAGAACCGACCAAGCAUAUUCGAAAAGAAAAGAAGGUCAAGUGUCCAAAUGUGACCUCCUCCACAGCUUCCUCUUCGUCAUCUUUUCCCACGCAAGCGCGAAGAAUCCAACCCUCUCGUCGAAGUUCUGUCGAAUUCAUGACACCUAAAGUCAAGAAAUGCCCAAAGCGACCUCUUUGGUCCGAAAUUGUUUGCACGGCUUGUUCCGAAGAGGAAUUGACGGUGACUCGUCAAGUGUUGAAUACACUUGGCAAGUUCAAGUUAGCCUCCAAAGUGACACCCUCAACCAGCCACGUGAUUGUAGGCGGGGAUCAGGGUAGGUGGAGAACUAUCAACUGGUUGAAAGGCGUCCUUCAGGGUUGCUGGAUUGUCUCCAUCCAGUGGGUGCGGGAUUGUCUAGAGCAUGCUUAUCACGUGGACGAAGAACCUUAUGAACGCGUGGACUUGUCUACAGCUGUGCAACGGUGUCGUUUGGAUCGAACAUCGUUCGGUCAGGAUGUUUACAAAUCCGAUUUGUUUGCCUCCGUUGGACCUGUUUAUAUCAGAGCAUCCCGCACGCAUCAAGUGUCUCGGACAGAAUUGAAAGAACUGGUGCAAUUGGGAGGAGGUCAAGUGGUAAAACGAGCCCGAGAAGCUCAUGUGAUUAUAGGUGAAAGUGAAAAGACUGUCGACAUUGGGGGUGGCAAGACCCAUUUGCUGGAAUCCUGGAUCUUGGACUCGAUUCAGCAUCAUGAAAUUCAACCCGUAUCAGAUUAUCUGCUACAAUCAGCUUAACGCACAAAUGAACUUGAAGAAAAGAAACAACAGAACUUUCAGAAGCGAUUAUGCUGAGUUUCAUUGAAAAUCCAGUAUCAUUUCAUUUACAUGUAUUCAGGUUUCAAAUUUAACAUUUGACAAGAAUAAUUUGACAA